AAUUAUCUACUGGCAUACCGUAGCCGAUCCACAAUUCACGGGCAUGGUCUAAGCAACUUUACGGAGCCGGCAGCAUCGUUUGCUUCCACACAAAUUUGGGUCGGAUUCGUCCUAUCUGAGCCAUGUACCAAAAUAUUUAUGAACAAGGUGGAGGGCAAGGCGGCUGGGGCGGACCUCCGCAGCUCCCGCCCGGCGUUGGAGCACCUUUCCUUGCACACCAAACGCCGGUGCUACCUAACUUGUCGUUUGGUCCACCGGUCGGAGCGCUGCCGGGGCAAUGGUUCGGUCCAGCGCCCGGGUACGGGCAAUUGCCAGUAAACUAUCCGGGCGCGCAAGCCUACGGCCAGAUGCAAGCCAUAUAUGGCCAAGCGCAGCCGCUCGCACAGGGUCAGGGUCUUGGCCUGCCCGAACCCUACGGCCAGCAACACCCAGAAGCGCGCCGAAACAGAUGGUCGAAUCAACCACCACCGCCACCACCGCAGCAACAGCAGGCAGCUGCCGACAGGUCUCGCCGACGCUUCACGGAAGCGCCCGCUGACAGAGGGUCCGGCGCGCCCAGGCAUCUCCCAUCAUCCCUUGCUGCACCAAACCGACAUGAUAACCCCGUUACCUCCUCCUCCGCAGCAGCCCCAGCUGCUCCCAUACAAAAUUCCGGUGGACGUUAUGGUGUGCGCAACGGCCUGGAGUGGGGCCGCGGCCGACAUCACAUGGAAGCCGCGGCCCUUGCCGAUGUGGGUCGGGACGCCGCGGUACACCCCGACUCUACCGCUGCUGCUGCUACUGGUGAUGGCAGCAAUGCUGUUGCUGGUGGCCCUGGGAAGCGUAAAGCAGAUCAGGGGCCCCUGGGCCAAGCCCUCUGGGACGAUGAAGACAACGCGGUCAACCAGGCCAACGGUAAUGGUGACGCGUGGGCCGGCUUGCAGGGCGGCUUGAACCACCGCCACGCCGCCACAGCAGCUCACGAGGACGCAGCAGCAGCAGCAGCAGCAGGGGGAGCAGCAGCAGCAGCAGCUUCUGUGGGACAUGUCAUCCCCAUGCCUCCCAUCUGCAUGCAACCUCCCCCACACCCCUCCAGUCCAAGCACCGCCGCCGCUGCUGCUAGUUCUGCGGCCCCUGCAGCUGCUGCUCCCUCUCAUGCAGGUGGCGGUGGCGGCGGCGGCGGCGGUGGGGCCGGCGGGGGAUCCCCGGAGGGUUACGUGUACGACGUGUUGGGUCGCAACAUACGACAGCUGGUGACGCAGCUGAGUCCCAGCGAGCAGGAGCACAGGAAGAAGGAGAUGGUGUUGCAGCUGGUACGACAGGCGGCCGCAGCUGCCUUCCCCGAGCGGGCUGCCGUACUGAGGGCGGAGCCCUUCGGCAGCUACGUUUCUGGUCUGGGCACUUGCUCCUCUGACAUAGAUGUGGUGCUGGUGGGGCUGGCGGAGCCCUCGCUGGGGCUGGGCUUCUACUCGCGGGAGGAGAGGCCGCGGAUCGCCCGCCUGCUGGACCGCCUCACCCCCCACCUGCGCUCCCGACUGCAUCUCACCAAGCUGCUCCCCAUCCGCCAUGCGCGUGUGCCCAUCCUCAAGCUGGCCACGGCGGGGGGCGUGAACGUGGAUGUGAGCAUUGCGGGGGUGAGCGGUCCGAGGGCGGCGGAGUACCUGAGGCAGCAGGUGUCCGCCUACCCCCCCCUGCGCCCGCUGGUGCUGGUGCUCAAGAGCUUCCUGCGGUCGGAGGGGCUGGGCGAGGUGGCCAGUGGCGGGCUGAGCAGCUACGGACUCACCUACAUGACACUGGCGCACCUCAUGGAGGAGGCCAAGCGCGGCUCCGACCCCACCGACCUGGGCGCCCUGCUGCACUCGCUGCUGCGGCGCUUCGGGCGGCGCUUCGACUGCGGGCGCAUGGCGGUGUCGGUGCGGCACGGGGGGCUGGUGCCCAAGGCGGCGCUGGCGGGGGGCAGCCACGUGGAGCACCCGGACCGCAUUGUGACCAUUGACCCGCUCACAGGUCGCAACUGCACGGAGGGCUGUUUCCGCUCGCGGGAGGUGCUAGACGCCAUGGCGCGGGCAGAUGCCUACCUCACCGCAUGGGCGGUACGACAGAAAGACGAGGUGCCGUACGAUGCGGAUAUCUUGGGGCCGUUGGUACGGGCGGUAGGGG